GAGAGAGAGAGAGAGAGAGAGAGAGAGAGAGAUUGUAAAUGGCGACAAAGUCCGAUGAUUUUGCACCGUUUCCGGUGAAGGAUCAGCUUCCCGGGGUGGAGUUCUGCGUUUCAAGCUCACCGCUCUGGCCCGAAGCGAUUGUUUUGGGAUUUCAGCAUUAUGUGGUGAUGUUAGGAACAACAGUCUUCAUACCUUCACUACUUGUCCCUCUUAUGGGUGGUGGCAAUGUGGAGAGAGCGGAAGUGAUAAACACGGUGUUGUUCGUGUCGGGAAUAAACACACUGUUGCAGAGUUUGUUCGGAAGCAGACUCCCUGUCGUCAUCGGUGCUUCCUAUGCUUACGUCAUCCCUUCCCUCUACGUCACCUUCUCCUACCGUUUCACUUACUAUCUCCACCCUCACUUGAGAUUUGAGGAGACGAUGAGGGCAAUACAAGGAGCUCUCAUCAUUGCUUCUUUGUUUCAUAUGAUCAUUGGCUUCUUCGGCUUGUGGAGAAUCUUAGCUCGGUUUCUAACCCCUCUUUCGGCUGCUCCUCUCGUGAUUCUCACGGGUCUCGGCCUCUUCACUUUCGGGUUUCCUCAGCUUGCAAGAUGCGUGGAAGUUGGGCUUCCGGCAUUGAUCAUUCUCAUAGUUUUAUCUCAGUACCUUCCUCACUUGUUGAAGUGUAAGAAACCGAUAUUCGAGCAAUUUGCCGUCCUUUUCACGGUAGGGAUCGUGUGGGCGUACGCCGAGAUUCUUACAGCGGCUGGCGCUUACGACAAAAGACCCGACAAGACGCAGCUCAGUUGUCGAACUGAUCGGUCCGGUCUCAUCAGUGCAUCUCCAUGGGUUAGAGUUCCGUAUCCUUUUCGUUGGGGACGUCCUAGAUUUCACACAGGAGACUCGUUCGUCAUGAUGGCUGCAUCUCUCGUCGCCAUUGUCGAGACCACGGGUGUGUUUAUCACAGCGUCGAGAUACGGAAGCGCGACUCAUAUCCCUCCUUCGGUUCUUAGCCGUGGCAUCGGGUGGCAGGGAAUAAGCAUUUUGCUCGAUGGACUGUUUGGAACAGCAACAGGUUCCACGGCUUCGGUCGAAAAUGCAGGACUUCUCGGGUUAACAAAGGUGGGAAGUAGAAGGGUGACUCAAAUCUCGGCCGGUUUUAUGCUCUUCUUCUCCAUCUUCGGGAAGUUCGGGGCAGUUCUCGCAUCGAUACCUUUGCCGAUCUUUGCAGCCUUGUACUGUAUUCUGUUUGCUUAUGUCGCUUCUGCAGGGUUCGGACUCUUCCAAUUCUGCAACCUCAACAGUUUCAGGACGAAGUUCAUCCUCGGGUUUUCCAUCUUCUUCGGUCUCUCUGUCGCACAAUACUUCAACGAAUACCUCUUUACCUCGGGUCGCGGUCCCGUUCACACUCGCACAUCAGCUUUCAACGUGAUAAUGCAAGUGAUCUUCUCGUCGGCUGCAACAGUGGGGAUAAUAGCGGCAUUCUUGUUGGACUGUACUCACAGCUACGGACAUGCUUCAGUUAGGAGAGACAGUGGAAGACAUUGGUGGGCGAAGUUCAGAGGUUUCCACACCGAUUCUCGAACCGAAGAGUUCUACGCUUUACCCUUCCGUCUCAACAGAUUCUUCCCUUCUUUCUAAAACCCCAAACCCUAAUCCAUUCCGAAACCCUAAACACGUCAACCUGCAUGGUAAUAACCCUAUACCCUAAACUCUAAACCAUUCCGAGUCCCUAAAAUCGUUUACCUGCAUGGUAACUUUGUACCCUAAACUCUAGACCGUUCUGAAACCUGAACUCGUUUUUCCGCGUAGUAAACAGACUGUCACAUCAGAUUCUUGAUGUUAUUACAUGUUUAUCUGCAGAAGAGAUUGGUUCAGCCUGUAUGUAUCAUCAGCUUUCACGCUUCGGGUUUUGGUUUCUUAUCUGUUGUGUUUGCCCUGCUUAUCAGAAUCUGUAAUAAUCGGUGAGGAUUCGGGUU